GCAACACCAAAACUCUUCAGGAAAAAUAAGAUUAGAUUUGCAUACUGUUGUCAAAACAGCACAUUAAAUGUGUCGCUUUCCCCUCAGAAAACUAAGCAGUGACUUGUGUUCAAUGGACGGAUUGCGAUGAUUGUGUCCAACUUGAGUGUGCUCAGUUGCAGGAGGAACAGCGCGCUGUGUCUCGGUGCAGUGGAGGGACAUUUGGAGGCGUCCUCCUCCUAUCGCACCCUCAGUCCGACCGGACACAUCCUCGUGGCGGUGAGCUUAGGAUUCAUCGGCACUUUCGGAUUCCUCAACAACCUCUUGGUCCUCGUGCUCUUCUGCCGGUACAAGGUGCUGCGCUCCCCCAUCAACUUUCUGCUGGUGAACAUCUGCUUGAGUGAUCUCCUGGUGUGCGUUUUAGGGACGCCGUUCAGCUUCGCGGCGAGCACGCAGGGGCGAUGGCUCAUCGGGGACACUGGAUGCGUGUGGUACGGCUUUGUCAACUCGCUGUUAGGCGUUGUAUCGCUCAUCUCUCUGGCUGUGCUGUCAUACGAACGCUACUGUACAAUGAUGGGCUCCACAGAGGCUGAUGCGACCAACUACAGGAAGGUGAUCGGUGGUGUGCUGAUGUCCUGGAUCUACUCUUUAAUCUGGACCCUGCCUCCUUUGUUUGGCUGGAGCCGCUAUGGCCCUGAAGGCCCUGGAACAACCUGCUCUGUAGACUGGACGACAAAGACCGCCAAUAACAUCUCCUACAUCAUUUGCCUCUUUAUUUUUUGCCUGAUUGUCCCCUUCCUGGUCAUCGUAUUCUGCUAUGGGAAGCUGCUGCAUGCCAUUAAACAGAUGAACAGUGUUACUGAUGCUCUAUCUAUCUGUAUUUGUUUUUCUCUGAUGAUGAAGGUCAGCAGUGUGAACACGUCUGUGAGCCGCAAGCGUGAGCACCGUGUCCUUCUGAUGGUCAUCACUAUGGUGGUUUUCUAUCUGCUGUGCUGGCUCCCCUACGGCAUUAUGGCUCUGCUGGCCACUUUUGGAGCUCCAGGACUCGUGACGGCGGAGGCCAGCAUAGUGCCCUCCAUUUUAGCCAAAUCCAGCACGGUCAUCAAUCCCGUCAUCUACAUCUUCAUGAAUAAACAGUUCUACAGGUGUUUCAGAGCUCUUCUCAACUGCGACAAACCACAGCGAGGUUCCAGUCUGAAAAGUUCUUCAAAGACCAAACCUUUUCGUCCCGGACGGCGCACGGACAACUUCACUUUUAUGGUUGCUUCAGUGGGACCCAAUCAGACAAACCCAGUGGAAGACGGCCCACUGUCAGCAGAUAACACCAAACCUGCAGUGCUCUCCCUCGUGGCCCAUUAUAACGGCUGAGAGUCAUCCUCCUUCAGAAAUGACAACACUUGAAGAAACUUUACACACUAAAUAAGGGAAAUGCAGAUUUGGAUUUUUUUUUUUACAGUCGAGUGGCAUAUACAUACUGU